GGGGGUGGGGGUCAUUGGGCGCCGCUCGCGAGACUCGGCUCAGAGAACUGCGUCUCCCCUCGCUCUACGCCCUUUCAGGAAACUGGGAAAAGUCACAUGAUUGGUCAUGUCAUGUGACAACAUAACCUCCCCGCCUGUCGAGCUCUAUGGAGACUUCCAGUAACCCGGAUGUGGCCGCGCUUCAUUGAGGACCUCGAAGAGCAACGUGUCCUAUUGGCGCCGGCGUUCACAUCCGGGUCUUUCCCGGCCUGUUGCUGCCCUCCCCCUCCGAGAUGGCGGAGCUGAACCGGCAGUUACAGGAGUACCUCGCUCAGUCUAAGAAUGCCAGCGGCCCCGGCCCAGCGGCCCCGAGCUCCUCGCGGCCGAUGCCGGAUGCCGCUGACGCCGGAGGGGGGACGUGGCUGGGCCGGCUGAGCCCCUUCUUCUCAGGCCGCUCCUCCUCCUCCUCGUCCCCGGCGGCCGGCUCGUGGCCCUGGGCGGCCGAGCCGGACCCCUGGCUGCCGGGGCUGUCGCGCUGGCAGCGGCUGGUGGGGAGCGGGCUGUGCCUGGUGCUGGCCGCGCUCUGCUUCGGCCUGGCCGCGCUCUACGCGCCGCUGCUGCUGCUCCGCGCCCGCAAGUUCGCGCUGCUCUGGUCGCUGGGCUCGGCCUUUGCGCUGGGCGCCGCCGGCUUCCUGCGGGGGCCGAGCCGCCUCCUGCGGGAGCCCAGCCGCGGCACCGUGCUCUACCUCGGCGCCCUGGCCGGCACCCUGUAUGCGGCGCUCGGCCUGCGCAGCACCCUGCUCACCGCGCUCGGGGCCGCCGCCCAACUCGCCGCCAUCGCCGGCUGCCUGCUCGCCCUGCUGCCCGGGGGCCCCGCCGGCCUGCGCUACCUCGGCGGCCUCCUGGGCGGCUUCGUGCGCCGCCGCGUCUCCAAAACCCUGCCCGUGUGAGGGGCCGAGCAGACCCAGUUGGGGGCUGAGACCAGCGGUCCCAUCCCCAUCCCCAGGACGGAUCUUCGCUGCUGUCCCAUGAGGCCGAUCGCCCGUCCCUGCUGGACAGAUGCGGAGGACACGGCGUCUGGCUGGGCAACAGCCUUUCUGAAUACAGGGCCACAGGCCAUCAGCGUCCAGCCCCUCUAGCGCGGCUGGCACGGCUCCCUCCGCGGGGUAUGCGGCUCCGAGGCCGUAGCGGAGCGUGGGUGUCCUGCUGCUCCGGGGCAGGGGGUGACUGAGCGACAAAGCCAGUGCGGUUUCCUCCCCCCCCCCCCGGUCCUAUUAAGGCAAGUUCUUCCUGCACAAUCGGCGCGCUGCGGUGAGGGAGGCAGCUGGGAGCUGCGCUCUGUGCAGGCGCCUCCUGAGGACGGGGACCUUUACAAAGAGACUUGGUUGUAAGUUGGCAGAAGCUACUUGGGAGAGUUCAGGGAAAACGAAUCAAACUUGACAGUUAAUGUGGACAACAGGAGCGAAACCGACCAAAGGAAGGAGUUUUGCUUUUCCAAGGACCAGUGUUGAUGUAGCUAUGGAACAGUUUUUCUCCCUACCUUUGAACAGUACAACUAAAAUCCUAAAGUUGCA